UCCUGCCAGCUCCGCGAAGCCUCGAGACGUUCCAUCCUCCCUCCGGCCCCGGCCCCCCUCAGUCAGAGCGCGCGCGCGCAUCAUUCCUUUCGCGAUGGCAGAUUCCGACUCGCCAAUCAACGAGGCUGCCGAGAAGAUCGUGGUCAAGACGUGGCGAGCAUGGAGGACCGUACAUGAGAUGGUCCAGGACCGGGGCUACGAGCUUGCCGAGAGCGAGGUCAGGAUCUCGCUCGACUCCUUCAAGAUGCAGUACUGCAACAUCGACGGCAGCGUCGUACGCUCCAAGAUGAAGUUCUCGGCGCGGCCGAGCCCCGAGAUGAUCAACAAGUUCACGCCGCCGGCGACGGCGGCGAACCCGGAGCCGCAGGCGGACGUGGGCACGGUCUGGGUCGAGUUCCUCGACGAGGAGUCGCUCGGCGCCGAGCAGAUGCGCAAGUUCGGCCGCUUCUGCGCGCACGAGCACCACCGGACCGGCAUCCUCGUCUCGCACGUGGCCGUGUCCGCGUCGGCCAAGAAGGAGAUCGCCAAGUUCGCCCAGUGGACCUCGAUCGAGUGGUUCCUCGAGGAGGACCUCCUCAUCAACAUCACCCACCACGAGCUCGUCCCCCGCCACGUCGUCCUCAGCCGCGAGGAGAAGGCGGCCCUGCUCAAGCGCUACCGCCUCAAGGAGACCCAGCUCCCCCGCAUCCUCCAGAAGGACCCGGUCGCAAAGUACUUCGGCAUGAAGCGUGGCCAGAUCGUCAAGAUCAUCCGGAAGAGCGAAACCGCCGGCCGGUACGCGAGUUACAGACUCUGCGUGUAGGCUCUUUCUCUGUCUUCACGAGAGCGGUCGCUCUCACGUCGUGACCUACCCAGGUCCAUCCUCCCCGGCCCUCUUCCAGGCCCCCGGCGCAGCAGAGGGGGGAAACGAAAAAGAUUUGCAUAGAAACAAGACGAAGAAACCAAGGCUGGCGUCUAUGAGCAUGACAUGGUUGAUUCCGGGCAGGCAGGGGUGGCGUUAGCGUGGUCCGCAUAUAAAUGUUAUAGGUAAUUUGAUUCUGUCCUCGUCCUCGUCCUAAUAUCAUAUCAUCAU